CCAUCAUUAUCUCAAGCACCUCUUAAUCACCUCUCAACCACCUUAUAAUCAUCCUGUAUCUGUCUUAUAAUCAUCUUGUAUCUGUCUUGUCUUCCUCUGCUGUCUCUCCCACAUUUCUGUUCUUCACCUAAAUCUGGAACCACUCCCCAUGCCAUCAACCACUGCUCGUAAUGGACAUCGACCUAUCGCUAAACAACAACUCAUCUUUCUUUUGUAAAGACUUGUUGGUAAAUGCCUUUUCGCCCAACAUAUCUGUCAUAGCUUCCUCAAAUGCUGACCAACUCUCAACAGAAAAGGGCUUCAAUUCCUUCUACCAUCUAAUAAGGCCCUUUGGUUACAACCUCAAAAGCAAUUACACCAUCAGAAACAACGACUCCAUCUCUCAGAAUUACAGUUCCUUUUCCAUCAGAUUUUCAAGGCCUAUUAUCGACUCUCUAAAUUUACAGCAGGAUUUGUUCAUACCUUCGAUAACUGCCUCUAACACUAAAAACGACUAUACUAAUUACAAUUACAACUCCUCAAAUACAAAUGAUACCACUCUAAAUCCGUUUAAUCACGAACUAUUCGACUAUGAAUCCCUAAGCGAAAUCAUGAUCAAUUAUGUUAAUAAUAUAAAUAAAAAAUUCAUUCACAACAAUAAUUCGCACUUGAACUUGAAAGAUGACAUCUCUACUAUCAAUACUAUAAAACACUCAAUCUACUCAAAUUUUUUUUCAAAAUUAAUAUCAAAUCACCUAAUUCUUCCAUUUGAGACUUUUAACCACUCAAUUAUUCAUCUAGUAGUUGUUUCUUCAAACGAUGAUCUAACAUCAAUUAACAACUUAUUAUUGAAAAACUUCCUAUCAAAAAAAGUAAACAAUUUAUUCGCCACCACUACGACAACAGCUAAUAAUCUAUCUUCUCCAACUCUAGCAAGACCUCCAAUUUCAUCGAAUUUCAAAAACUUGGACUUGAAUAUCCAAAAAUCUUCUUCAACAUCAAACCUAGCAGCAACAAAUGAUUCAGAAAACAUUAUACCAAAUUACCUAAAUUUAAAUGACGACGACUCUCUAGUUUGUUUCCUAAUUAUCUCCAAUUCAAAUGAAAAAGAUGAUCUCACUAAAUCUCAAGAUUUGUUAAAAAAUCUAAAAUCAGCAUAUAAUUAUCCAUGUUUAUUAUUAAAAUUAAAUGAACAGAAUGAUUUGUCUAAUUUAAAUUAUUCCCCUAAUAUCACUCAAAAUGAUUUAUCCUCAUUAUCAAAGCCAAAAUUGUAUUGCUCAAUUAAUGAAGAAUUGCAGACUUUGCAAUUAGAAAAAUUUUCAAAAAGACAAAGUUCAAAUAGUAUCAAUAAUAAUGAUAAUGAUAAUAAUCAAAAUCAAAAUCAAAAUCAAAAUCAAAAUAAUGAAAUUGAUAAUUCAAAUGAAAAUGGAAAUUUAAAUUCUAAAGAUAUCUCUUCAAUCAAAUCGACCCUUGUAGAAUUGAUCAAACUAACUUUAAUCCCAUUUAUGGAAAAAAAAAUAUCAAGUUGGGAUGAUCAAUAUGUGGCCCCAAAAAAAUCCUUUACAAAUAGAUUUUUCAAUGUGUUUUCUUCGUCUUCAGGCUUAAAGCCUUUAAAGACUUCUUUUUUUGGCUUUGGUACUAAUGCAAAUAAAUCAACUUCUUCAUUGUCUGAUCAUUUAAGUCCACCCAAUUCUUCUUUGAAUAACUUCAACAACAACUUAAAUUUAGAUUACAAUUUCACAAAGGGUUAUUAUAAUUACUACUCUCAUAUCGCUAAAAUUAGAAAACUAGCUGACUGGUCUUUCAUGUUAAGAAAUUACAAACAUUCUUAUCAAACCUAUGAACUAUUAAAAAAAGAUUUUCAAAGCGAUAAAGCUUGGUCUUACUUAGCUUCUUCUCAGGAAAUGUUGAUUAUAUCUUUAUUAUUAGACGUUAUAAACUCUACAACUUCUUAUAAAUUGUCAACAACAAACCCUGUGCCUCGUUCUUCACUAAGUUCUCCAAAGAGCUCAAAUUCUUCUCAUUCUUCGUACAAUUCUCCAUCUGCUACCGUCAAGUUGAAACAAACUUUAAUUGAUUCAAUUAUAGAUGCUUCUACUUAUUCAUAUGUUUCUAGGUGCAAUCUAAAAUCCUUUCCCGUUAGAUUUUUAGUUGUCAUUUCAGAAUUAUUUAAUUGUUUGAAAAUUAAUAAUUAUUCAAACUUAACUCCUGGUUUUAAUCCAACAAAUAAUAACAAUUUAAUUAUAAAUUCCAUUUAUUCAAUAAAGUAUUUAAAUAAAGUUCUAGAUUCAAAUUUGAUUAAUUUUAAAAGAAAUUUCAAUACUAAUGGUUAUAAUAAUAAUCAUAUUAUUAGAGCAAUAAUCUUUGAAAGAAUUUGUUACAACUACUCUAUUUACUUUUUGAACCACGUCAAGUAUGAUAAAAUUCUUAAAAAAAAUUAUUUGCAAAAUAAAGAAUACAUUAGUAACAAUUUGAAUAUACCCUUUGAUACUCUACCUUUAAACGAGUCGGAAUUGGGUGAUCGUUAUGAAAAAAGACCGAUAAUAACCAUAGAUGUCGCUAAGAGUAUUGAUAACACUGAUAAGACUAAUGAAACCAAAGAAGAUGAUAAGAAAUUAAUCUUAAACCCAUACAAACUUGAGAAAAAAAAUUUAGAAUUUAUCGGAUUGACUCGAUUUAGGAAAUUUGCUUUUUUAUUAUUAUUAGCAACAAAGGAGUGGGAACACAUUGGUAACUAUCCUCAGAUGAGAUUGAACUUGAAUAUGUUGUUAAGUACAGUUUAUAAUGUAGAUGUGAAUAUCGAUAUUGAUAACAUAAAGGUUAAUAGAUUUUUAUUCAGAGAUAAUGGGUUGUUUAAAAAAUUGCUUCAGAGAUGCGAAAAAAUAGAAAAUCAAUAGUAUAAUAUAUAAUAGAUACCAUUUGUGGAAAGCCUAUCAGAAAUACAAAUUCUAUUUUAUCAAUCUUUAGAUUUUUCUUAGUUUUUUUAACCAAUUUUUAAAUUUUAAUUGACUCUAUAAUAAUCAAAUUCUUCUAAUUGUUUUGAGAAAUUAAUAUAUCUUUAAUUAGAGUCGGACCAAAUUAGUAAAAAUAUUAUACUUCUUUUGAUCUUGUAUCAUGAAAUUUGAAAACAAUCAUAUACAAAGAGUUGAAAGAUUACUUAACCAAUUGAAUAAAGUUAGUCGAUGAUCAAGACAAUAUUACGAGAUACUUCAUUUUUUUGGUCCUAUUAUUAGAACUGGAGGUUAGUGAUGAGCUUAAAUUGUAUGCAAAAAAAAAAAGGAAACAGACAAAAAUAGCACAUGCAGUAAGCUUUUAGCUUUGACAUUGGCUCUUAGUAUAUUUCUAUUCUUCUUUCACAAACUCCGCUCAAACGCUCGAUCCCAAAU